AUGUUCGGGACUCAAAAUGGGACAAGUUUCGUGUUCGGGUCUAAGACCGAAACUAAAUGGAUCAAUGCGUUACAAGCAGCUGAAGAAGAGAGUGUGUUGUAUAACCAUGUGGCAGCAUGUUGGACUGGAUAUAUCCCACCAGAAUGCCGUUCUCAACCCUCAAUUGUACGACUUAAUACUGGGCUUACGUGGGAGGAUUCCAAUAUUGGGGUGAUUGGUUUUGUUCCUUGUGCUUUUGGCGGAUCCGUUAUAGCCGAUUGGAGACAAGGCUCACCUCUGUACGAUAGACUCAUGAAGAGGUCCAAGGCUGCAUUGGAAGAUGGUGGUGAAAUUCGGGCGCUUUUAUGGUAUCAAGGUGAGAGUGAUACAAAGAAAGAAGUGGAUGCCGAAUUGUACAAGAAAAGAAUAGAAGAGUUUUUCAAUGUGGCUUUGGUAUCUGGAAUAGGAGCAUAUUUUGAUAUCGUAAGAAAAGCUCAGUGGGCCGUCAAACUUCCAAAUGUCAUAACAGUCGAUGCAAAGGGGCUACAGUUGUUGAAUGAUGACCCAAUUCACCUUAGCACUCCUGGUCAAAUUAGAUUUGGAAAGAUGAUGGCUGACGCCUUCCUCUACUUCGAUUGA